CCCGCCACGGAGAUGCAUGUGUCCCGGAACGUAGCGCGUACCGCGUUGCGGUUUCAGUCGUUAAAAAGCCAUCGAGGCGUGAAGUCCGAUACCGUCGCCGCGGCCGUCUCCGCAAUCGAUCGCAUCCCGUUCGGUGGUUCGCUCGCGAUGUUUUCCGACCAGUGAUCCGGUUCGCAUUUUUUAGCAUCCGACCCUAUCGUCCGCCCGUCUCGCCCCUCCCCCCCCAUUUCCCCGCGUACGAUUGUGUGCAUCAGGCGCGCGAGCCUAGGUCGGUGCGGUGCAGUGUGCGUUUUACGAGAGGUGGUGCGCGUGCGAUGCGUUCCGAAACCCGCAACGGUAAUUAGUGCUCAUAUACAGUCGUACAACAACCGCGGACCAAUAUCAGGGCACGUGGACGUCGGUACCGGUUCUAUGUGAAUUUCGCAAUGCCAUGAGACCGUGUACACCGUUACGAUUGUUUUAAUACAUCGAAAACUUUUACUAUCGAGUCUCAUGAUUCCGAUUCAAUAUUAAUAAGGAUAUUAUACAACGGGCGAUCAACAGCCACAAUGUUUAUCACAAGCAUUUCCAUCCAAUUGAGUAUAUAAUCCUCAACGAAUGACUUUCAUAUAUUUCAGGGAAAUGGUACCAAAUUUGUUUUUAGUUGCAUUGCUUAUAAAUGUUCCCGAUUUAUGGGCCUCAGAUAGACGGCACAGUCGACAUGCGUCCGUCGGCGGAGGAAUGACGAAUCAACUUGAUCCAAGAAACAUGGCUGCGAUAAACAACACCGCCUCGAGGAAGUUCUUACAGGAGUUUCUUCAGGACAUUCCGCCACCGAUAAUUGGUCCGGUAUUCGAUAAAACGGUGCCGAACAACGUGACCGGACUAGUCGGCAGAACGGCGUACUUGCACUGCAGAGUCAAGAACUUAGGCAAUCGAACCGUAUCGUGGAUCCGACACCGGGAUAUACAUCUCCUUACAGCCGGUAGAUAUACAUACACAAGCGACCAGCGGUUCGAAGCCAUUCACGAGCCGCACUCGGAGAACUGGUCGUUACGAAUCAAAUAUCCGCAGAAAAAAGAUUCCGGUAUAUACGAAUGUCAGAUUAGUACCACUCCACCCGUUGGACAUCCUGUCUACUUAACCGUCUUAGAGCCUACUACCGAAAUACUUGGUGGUCCGGAGCUGUUCAUCGAUCAGGGUAGCACGAUAAACCUCACCUGCUUGAUACAAUUUGCCCCCGAACCACCACCGACCGUUGGAUGGACGCACGAAAAACAACCCAUAAAUUUCGAUUCUCCACGAGGCGGAAUCAGCCUAGUAACGGAAAAAGGGUCGACCACCAGCAGCAGAUUAUUAAUUCAAAAGGCGUCGUCUUCGGAUACCGGCUACUACUCUUGCGAUCCGUCAAAUGCAAAUUCGGCCACCGUCAGAGUUCAUAUAUUAAACGGUGAACACCCGGCCGCAAUGCACCAUGGCCAAGGCAGCAUUCCGUUAUGCCCUCCAAUUGUAAGCGCUAUGAUCGUACCGUUUUUGCUCAUCUUCACUGCCAGAGACCUGUAGUAUUGGAAACACUUAUCAAUUCAAAAUGUACAUUUAAUACAUACAUGCACAUAUAAAUACAAUACAUAUUAUGUGUGCAUAUGUUGAGAAAUAUUU